AUUUGCUUAGGUGCCGGGCCUUUGGCGGCCAUAUUUGAUUUCUGGAAAAGUUUCUAAAUUUAUUGUAAAAUCGUUUUCACGUUUUAGUUGUUGCUUCCGCCAACAUACAUUCCACUAUUUCCCCCAAGAGCUUAAAAGCUUAGCGUUUUGUGAAAUUCUGUUCUAAUAAGACUUAUUUGGUCCAGUUUACAUCAUGAAGCGACGCAAAACUCGCACGGGCUCUGAAGCUGGGACUUCUCCUCAGGACAAGAAGCACAAAUCACCAUCCGGCAUCGUACGAUCUGCACCAAUGUCUGCUGCAGAGGUGGAUGACUUUGAAGCAGCCAAAGGAACUGCAUCUAGUAACUCGAGCUCAUACAGAAAGGCGUGUGAGGAGAUGAAGAGACUGUUUGAAGAAAUCAACGACUUGAAACGCGAAGGCAAUGAUCCAAACUGCCCAGAGAUCACAGAACGGAGGAUUAGAGCCACUUUGCUGUUUAUUAUUCUAAAAAAGCUCAAUCGAGUGGCUCACAUUAGUGGGAAAAAAGCUAGAGACAACACCCAUGAGGCAAAGCAAAAAGUGGAUGGACUUCAUUUACAACUGCAGAACCUUCUUUAUGAGGCUAUGCACCUAAAGAAAGAAAUAACAAAAUGUCUGGAAUUCAAGUCUAAAGAUGAAGAGGUUGAGUUAGUUACUGAAGAGGAGUUUUAUUCUCAAGCUCCUAAAGAAGUUUCUAAGCCUGAGAUAACGAAGGAUGACCCCCAUCAGAGGAUGCUUGCUAGGCUCGAUUGGGAGUUAGAGCAGAGAAAAAGUUUUGCAAGCAAGAAAAAAGAGUUUGAGAAAAAGAAAGAACUUCUUGAGAAAGAGAUUCACACAAGAAGAGAAUUUCUUAACAGCCUCCAGCCACGGCUAGAAGAGAUCCUAAAGUCGACUGUCCCAGUCCAAGAAUACCUGAACCUGCCCCUAGAUGCAAAGAGGGCCCAGCAUCAGACCGCCAGAUACUUAUCCCAGCCGCUCUAUGUGUUGUAUGUACAAGCAACAGCAUACAACGAGGCCUGUGACCCUCAUCUCAGUGUUCAGAUACAGGGAGACGUAGAGGCCGCCAAAGCAGCGUUAGAGGAAAAGCCUACACAACCUGAGCCAGAAAGUGACUCAGAUGAUGAGGCAACAGAACACCAGAGAAAAUCCAAGAGAAGAAGAAAGAAAGAGGAGAGUCGCAAAGAGGAAAAAAGAAAAGCAUUACUCAAGACCCACCCCCUACAGAUUGUUCUGAAGCUCAAUUGCAAAGGUAAAUGUACAAUUAGUCUGCUAGUGUCCUACCUACCCUCACUCCAGAUUGUCACUGUGAACCCAUCUCUAUCCAUCUCUGAGGCUGUUGAUCAACCUAUCUUAUCAAACAGUACUAUUCUUGCACCUGAGUCAAUACUGACUUGUCUGUUUCCCGGUGACCAUGGCAACACAUCCCCUAAUGCCACGAAUCAGUUCCAGCUGACUAAGGAUGGCAUUGACAGCUUCUCAGCCUUUGUGGGUGAGACUGGACAGCCAUUCCUUUGGGCUCAAAGAAUAUGUGGACUAGAGUUUCUUCCAGACUGCCAAAAUGCGGUGGUAGCUGAGUCAGACGUCAGUAGAUCACAUAUGGAGGUCACCAUCAAGGCGAUACGUGCCAGGGUCCUAGCUAGGCUGGCUCUACAGAGACAACUUUCAUCUCUUGAAAAAAUGCAGGUCCCUGCCAGUGAUGCGCCACAAAAGCUGUUCCCAGAUAAAAUUACUUCAGUCCUUGUGUCCUGGAGCCCUGUGGAUUAUGCAAACUUUAUUGAAAUGCCACAAGCCAAGUCACUUGUUGAUGAAAACCUUCUAGAUGAGUCUGAUAUGUAUUUCUGUGCUGAAAUUGAAUGCAAUAAAGUACGCCUUAAAGCCGGAGUGGUUCUCUACCGGGAAUAUCCAGUCAAGCCGCCAAUCAUAUGCUUGUCAAUCUCAGGAGGGACUGCACCUUUCUCCAGUCAUGUCACCAGGAUGCUUGAAGCUGAGGUCAAUGUGCAUUACAAAGACUUGAUUGACGGCGACUCACCUGUCAACUUAUUAACCAAUCAGAUUCGACGACUGCAGGUGUGCUUUGAUGUGUUUCUGGAGUGUGGUGUAGUUGAAGGGAUUGAGUCAAUCGAGCGUGCCAAGCUCCUUGUAAGGAAGAAAAGGGGUCGUGACCACAACUUGCCCCUCCUCUAUGACGUUUCGCACGACAUGUUCACACACCGAUAGUCUGCUUGGUGUAGCUGAAUGAGUCAAGAUGUGUAAUUAGGUGCAUGUCAGCUCUCUUGUCCAAGAGAUACAUAGCCAUACGAUGUGUUCAUACUGUAUUCUAAAACAAAACUUUUUACCUCAUAAAAUACAUACAGUCAACUCUUGCUUUUACGGAGGCCCUAGAGACCAUAAUUAUUUAGUGUCCAUGAAAGAAAGAUACUUCUUAGUCUUUUCUUUGUAUUUUUGUUUCAACGGUGAUUGUAUUCCCUAAUUACGAGGUGCAAUAACAUAGCUGUCAACCUUGCUUUAGGAAAGAAACUUGAGAAAAUACAGUAAAUGUAUCAGAAGCACCAAGAUAUUUUCAAGAAAAUUAAGCUUGAGAAAAGGUUACAAAUCUUGAGAGUCCCGCAUAAUGCCGGAGAGUUGACAGUUGUGCAAUAAAAGUGGAAUCCCGGAGGGUGAGAGUUUACUGUAUAGACCUUGUGUUUUACUGUCAUCUCUCUUUCUGUUUUAAUUUAGUCCUGACUGACCUGGUCCAGUUAUGCCCAAUCUGUGUCUCAAUCCACUUAGCAAUUUUGUGGUUGAAUCUUCCUAAUUGGCCUAUAAUUCCUUUACAGAUGUACCAGAAUUUGACUUUUAGACAGGCUUAGAAUUUAAACUCAAAGCAGCACCAUAGUUGUUGGACUGCAAAUUUAAGCCAAUAAAAGUAUACAUUUGUAUUGUU